AUACCACAACUGGUGGGGUACUGUACAAUCUUUCCUUCCAAAAUGCCGCUUGUGUAGGACAUCAAAAUGAUAGGCCCCACCAUGAGGAUUAUGCUUCUAGAAAACCCAGGCUGAUUCACUCACUUUAUUGACCACACCUUAAUGUCGAGUCAGACUAUCUGUUUUCGAUUGAUUACAGUGGUAUGUCCAUCUGAUGCAUGAAAAGGACAGAUUUUUGUUCCAACUUUCAAGUGAUCUUCCUGGUGGGUCCUAUUGCAUUCACAGUGUUGAUGCCACACAAGUGGUAUGUUUGUGCCAAAGAUGGUAUGGUGCCACAAGUUGUGGUGAAAGUGCAAACGUGGGAAAUAAUUCUUUCAUUUUGUUUUCUGCUGCAGGUCUCCUUGGAGAUAUUUUCUCCCUAAUUCACAAUAUCUUGGAGACCAGGGUAUCGGUUGUUAUUGCUGGUGAAUGCUUGAGACUUCUGGUUUUCCUGAACACAAUGUCACAUGCAAGUGAAUGUCAGGAAGAUGUUAUGGGCGUGCUUGGUCAGUGGAAUUGAAUGGAUAUCAACUGAGAUUAAAGCUACUCAGGGCGAGAAUGCAACUCAGGUGAAAUCCACAUGUUCAUCUCCAUUUCCAAUCAUCAAGAUACCAUUGCAGAUGGACAAAGAGCCUCAAGAUAAUGUUUUAGAACCGGUGACAACUCAUCCCAACACUAGUAGCAUGGAAAAAGAAACCAACCACCAAAGCAAAAAUGACUUUGAGGAGGGUUCGGAUUUUGAACUGCACGAGGAUGGUGGACAGGAGAAUGAUGCGUGGAAUCCAGAGGGUUGUGGAGAGAAUGUAUUAACAAGACAAGGCAAUGGAAAUGAUCUCCAAGAGUUCUUUAGUCCACAACCUCUCAAAAAUGCCGAAUUGCCAAACAACAUCAACCCUGUUUGUGGGAAUGAGGGUCCAGUGAUCAGAACCAACGGUGAUGAAAAUGAGGAAGACCUCUCCGAUCUUCGAUCGGUUGAGGAUGUUGCAGAAUUGAGUACUUACCAUUAUUUGCCAGUGGGUGAGCAGAUUGAUGAGAAGCUGAGGUGAUGGAAUUGAUCUCCAGGAAUCCUGGAAUUCAGUGGAUUGAGGAUGCUGAAGAGUUGAACAAAGAAAGGCAUUUAGAGAGCGGCAGCGAGAGGAUGAUGAGGACACAAGAUGAUGAGAAUAGUAAAUCAAGAGAUUUCUAAUCCACAGCCAGCUGAAGGUGUGGAGGAUACAAGUGACAGACAACAGCUGGGUGGUGAUUGACAAGAAACAAUAAUCUCACAAUGGCCUUCUGAUGCUCAACCUCCCUAGGGCGCCAGAAUGACCAUACAUAAAAAUGGUGAUCAAGAGAUUUCUGAUCUAAAACCGAAGCAAAUAAAUACAAACCGAAGUAAAUAAAGUACUAGCUGGAUUGAAAUUCUGCACGUCGAAGUGGUGAAAAGCUCUUUCAACAUAACUGUUUUGAGUUAUGUACACUUUCCUGCCUUUUUGCUCCAAAUAUAGUCAUUCAAAGAAUAUAAUUAAUGACUCCUAAA